ACAUCUCUGUUUUGGCAUUUCGCUCUUCCUCUUCACUAAGUGAAGUACAUACACACGUACUUUGUUCGUUCCUUUUUUUCCGUAAAAGUGUUGAAUCUACGCAAAAUAAAUAAAAUUAGUUAAGUUCUUUAAAAUGGUUGUCUGCGCCUUGCAGAGCUACACGGCAGAUCAACAAUCGAAUGGCUGCAGCGCAAUGAAGUCCGCGGAAGCCACGCAAGUCCCAGAGCCCGAAAUUCUCGAUAAUGGAAAUGGCGCCGAAGAGGAUCGCGAGGAGGGCGAAAUAGUUGAUGAGUUCGAAAUGAUUAUAUCCUCGGAAGAUGAGGAAUUCAAACUACGUGCCCGCAUACAACAGCUGGAGGAUAAGAGCAAAGAUAUCGAAAAGAUGGAUAUGCUCUCCGCCAAUCUGGCUAAUCAAUAUAAUUAUCAGAGACCGCAGGUCAUUGAGAGAUUUUCCCAGUAUCAGCAUUUCUCACCAAUCAGUGUUCUUUCGGAUGUGUCCAGCUUGUCGGAGGAGGAGUAUGAGCUGCCAAAGAAAUAUCGUAAGCAUAAAAUGAAACGGAGUGAGAGCCGAAGACACGGCCAGAUGUACAGACGCAAUCCGUUUGCGAAUCGCACCCACGCACAGCACGUUCGUCGAAAAAGACGUCACGAGCACCACAACAAUCAAUAUUGCCAACAGUCCCAAACCCAAUCACAACCCCAGUCACAGUCGCAGUCACAGUCACAGUCACAGACGCAGGCGCAUCACAAUCAGCCGUCUACAAUUUUGCUGGAUUCGCUGGACAGUGUCACGGAGGAUGAAAUCUGUGAGUAUGACAUGAAUGUGGAGACCGAGAAUGAUGAUAACGAGGACCGGCUGAAAGUUAGCCGCAACAAGCUGCGCGUGGCGCUGGCUCGUGACGGCAACUGUGACAUCAAGCCCAAGCACAGUCUCAGGGAGCGGCUUCAGUACCGCAUGCACAAGUCACCCAGUCCUAGUCGAAAUCAAGUCGAUAGUCAGCUUAAGGCGCAAGAUCAAUUGCCGCCAAACUCCUUUGAUGGCUAUAGUCAGCAUCGCAACGUAAGGGAGGAGGAAGAAGAAGAGCAACAACAGCAGUCGCAGCAGCAGGAGCCACUCGAGGAGCCUCCGGAGCUCAAGUUGCGGCUCAUUGCCCUCAAGUCGGCCAUAUUAAAGAAGCAUAUGGCCCGGAAGAAACGCGAUGCGGAGCGCGCCUACUCACCCACCGAUAUGAUCAAUCGGGUGCAUCAGCCAACCACCAACAAUGAGUGUGAUGAUAUCGAUGAUCUCAUGGAGAUAAGUCCGGCGGCUUCGCCGGAACGCAAUACGUACAGCCCGCCACAGUCACGCUUUGCGGAGCCCGUGGACAUGGAGCUGGCGCAGACGGACAGCGACGAGGACAGACAACAGUGGAACCACAACUGGCAGUCGACGAUUGAUAGCGCCGGCGGCAGUUGGCGUUGCUUUAUGCCAAGCCCCUUGCCGCCCGUUGCCAUGCCCAUUGUGAUCGAUGACGAUGACGAGGAGGAGCUGCAGCCAGUGCUGGCCAAGCAGAAGCAGUUCGACGACGAAGACGACGGGGGGCCACAGCCGCCGCCCUCAUUUCACAUUCCGCACAUGCAGCUGGAGGACGAUGAUGCCAGGGAUGCUCUGCAUUUGAGCGAGCGGCACUCGCAGCAGGGCUGCCUCAGCGACAUCCAAUCCAUAUCCAUGGACAAUUCACAGACGCAAACGCAGACUUCGCGUCCAUUCCAGCAGGAAUCCAGCGACGACGAGGCGGGCGCUUUGCGUGCCAUGCUGCUGUCCAAGCUGAAGCCCGCCGAGGAUCCCAUGAUUGUCCCUAACAAGUUGCAUCUGCCAGCUGCUGUUGCCAAUGAGGGCGUGGCACACGAUUCCGAUGAUCCAGAGGAGCUGCGUCAGCUGUUGCUCUCUAGCAUUGCAUCCAAAAAGAAGCAGACGACCAGGACGACCGAAAGUCCAGAGAUUCUCAAGAAUGCAGUGCGUCGCUUCCAAACGUCCUCUUUGCAGUCUUCGCCGGAUGAAAGUCAAACGGAUGUGCCAUUCGAGCCAGCUCCUCAAACUGAUGCUAAUCUGCAGCCUGUGGCUGUGUGUCCACAAUCUAAGCAAGAACCUAGCCCUAUGUCCUUGCCCUUGCCCUCGCCCUUGCCCGUGCCCUCACCCUUGCCUGCGCCUGCACCUGCACCCAAGGAGCCCGAGCCUACUCCACAAGGAACUGUGGAAGUUGCAACUGUGCAAACGCCCAUCAAAUCCAUCCCUUCAACCAUCCCAUCGACGAGCAUAAUCAAGAUCGUAAAGCCCAAUAAGGUAAUCAACAAGAAGACUGCGCCCAAGCGUAAGCUGUCGAAGUUGGUCGAGCAAGCGACAGCUCCCAAACGUCCAUCAACAUUGCUGGUGAAGGAGUCCGUGGCGCCGCUGCAUAGCAAGAACAGCAGCAGCACCACGCGCCUGAUAACUACACUCGAUCCGGCUAGCAUCAAGGUGAACAGGCUUGUCAUCGCCCUGGCCGACUCUUCGGCUGGCAGCGAUGAUGAACUGGAGCUGAGAAGCUGCUACGCCUACAGCAGCUAUGCGAGUCCCUUCAGCCAGGCCAUGGACAGUGCCAGCAGCUCCACAACUCGCUCAAACACGCCAAACUCGGAGAUCGUUGAAUCGGCUGCAUCCAGCAACUCCAAUUUGCGGCGCACUGUGAUCAACGAGUACUUUGAGAAGAAACUGGACGACUUUCUAAAGCAGGCGCGUUCCAAAGUGCCCACAGCUCUGCCCACGGAGUCCAGCGCCAAAGCAACAACAAAGACCGAAAAGUCUUCCGAGCAAACCAACAAAAUCGCCGAACAAACGCCUGUGAUACCACAAAAAGCCAAGCCAACGCCUGUGGCUGUGCGGCACUUGCCGGUGGCAUCGCAAAGGGAAUAUCUGCGUCUAAUUGAGCGCAUGCAGCUGCUGGAGAAGAAGAAGAUCGGAGUCGUUAAGGCGGCCAAUGGCCAAGCGACAGGCGUUGCUGUGGCCAAAGAGUCUUCCAAUGAUGUCAGGGAUAAUAUUUCAGUAGCUGCCACGACGAAACCAGGCACUACAACUCCCAGCAAACCGCUCAAGAAGGCGACAGUCAGCGCUCCGGCUGCGAUGGCCAGCGAUUUGCCAAGCACGUCAACGGCAGCAGCAGUCAAGGCAGCGCAGCCAUCGAAGGAGAGUCGACUCAAGGCAUUCGAGAGUUCAUUUCAAAAGAUCGGGGGCAGCAUGAUAGCCAAUCUGGACAAAUCGCUGCAUAUGGUGGCGGAGGCGAAGAGGUCAAAGAUCGAACGGUUGCGGCACUCGCAACGCCUGAAAGACCUGUUCGCCGAGGUGCAAGCCGUCAAGCUGGCGGUCAAGCAGGAGGAGUCGAAGCUGGCGCGCAUACAGCCUGAGAUACAGGCCAGUCACGAGAUUAUUAUAUCGCUUAAGCAGAAGCGCAACAAGCUUCGCAACGCCGCCAUGGACCUGGGCAAUGGCCUUCUGGGCGCCGACUACAGGUUGCUGGAUCCGGCCAAGGCAGAAAUAACCCGCAAGUCCAUGGAGCUAACCAAAGAGAUUCGCUUAUACAAUUCGAUUGUCAAAUACGACGAUGUACGCAAGGGAGAAGCGCAGGCCCAGCCAAGCUCGGAGUCGUCAGUGGCUCAACUUGCGUCUGUAACUAGUCAGAAGAAUCCGUGCGAGCAGCCUCCUCUCAGCGUCAAUAGUCAGCCGAGGACUGAACUGGAGGAACAGAAAACCGACGCUGAGUCAGAGGCACAGGCACAGCCAGCGUUAGCUGCACCGGAUGAGCCAGCAGGGGAGGCAACGACGACUCUAGCGACACAGCUGGACUUUGAUAUUGCACCAGGAGGCGUAGCACCGGAUCCUAUCGAAGGCCGAAACGCGCCGCCCCACGUGGUCAGCUUUAUGCGCCAGCUGCAUGAGCCGCCCGUGAAGCCGUCGCUCCUUAGCGAGUAUCGCACGCCCAUGUCGCGCAACUACAACAGCCAGCUGAACGUCAAUGCCACCAUCUGUCCCUUUGAGCUGAUGGGUCGCUGCGAAGACGCCGACUGUUCCUAUCUGCAUUUGGCACGUGCCUCGCCGCCAGCGGCUACCGUCGCCGCCGCCUUAAAGCAGUGACAAAAAAAAACAUUGUUGUAAAAAAACUAAAUAAUCAAAUAACAUUCUAAAUAGCGUGCUUGAAUUCUGGUAAGUUGAACUCUUCACGCGACUUUAUAUUUAAAUGUUGCUUUCAGUCAACGAGAGACACAGCUACAACAACUAGUACUACAACAACAGCAGUAAUAACAACAACAACUAGUACAACAACAACAACCAGUACUACAACAACAACAACAAAGUUUGUCAAACAAAAAAUAGACUGAACCAAAUUGUUUGAUUAAAAUGAAACGAGCGCAUAGGAGUCGAUCAA